AUGGUGCAGCGGGAUGUGGAUGGCCUCACCCCUUGCAUGUGUGCGAUGAAGCAUAAGCAGCUGGAAGCAGCACCGCUGCUGUUCGAGCUGGAGCAGCAGCAGGCGGGAAGGCGGCAGUCGAGUGCCCCCGGCAGCAGGGCCCCACGGCGGGAGCAGGCUGAAGCCCCGGGGGCUGCUCCAGCCUCCACAGCUGCUUCCGAGGCUGCAGCACAGGCUGCUGCUGCCCAGCUGCUGGCAGAGGAGGAGCGCGAGGAGGCGCAGCAGGCGGCCAGACAGGCGGCCAAGGCCGCCAAGCGGCAGCGACAGAAGGAGCGGCAGCGCCAGCGGGCUGCUGUGCCGGCAGCAGGUGGAAGCGCUGGUGCCACCCCCACCGGGAGAGCUGAAGGGGCACCUGCAGAAGCAAUAGCGUCAGCAGCUGGAGGCAGCAGCGGUGCCGACGACGGUGCUGAGCUGGCGCAGCUGCUGCAGCAGCUGGGAGUGCAGCCAGCAAGGGAGGAUCCUCCUUCGCUGCCCCUGCCCCCUGGCCUGCUCAGCGAGCUGCUGUGCCCCAUCACCCAGGAGCCGAUGCGUGACCCUGUGGUGGCGGCGGAUGGGCGCACCUACGAGAGAGCCGCCAUUGAGGCCUGGAUGGCACGCCAGGCAGCGGCAGGCCAGCCGCCCUGCUCCCCACUGACCAACCUGCCGCUGGCGAACCUGGUGCUGCUCCCGAGCUUCACCGUGCGCAGCCUGGUGGUGGGGCUGCAGGCGGCGGGGCUGCUGGAGUGA